CCGUGAGGGCGGGACUUCCUCUCCGGGACCCUGUCAUUUCCGACGUCUUCCGGAAGUUGCUGGUGCGCUCAGUACCGGGCUGUUCGCUCUGCGUUGCCCGGCUUCCUGCUGGUCCACCGUAGGCAACUCCGGGGCACCGCCACCGCGCCACCCCCCAAAGAGCGCGUCGGGAAUCCCGACGCCCUCUUGUCUCUGGCGCGUCGCCCGCCUUGUUUCCCCGCCGAGCUUUCCUGCUGCGCACGGGGCCGAGUGCCACCCAUGGCGGGGGCCGCUCGGACGCCGGCCUUUGGACAGGCUGUGAUCGGCCCGCCGGGCUCGGGAAAGACCACAUACUGCCUGGGCAUGAGCGAGUUCCUGCGCGCGAUGGGCCGGCGCGUGGCGGUAGUGAACUUGGACCCGGCCAACGAGGGGCUGCCGUACGAGUGCGCCGUGGACGUGAGCGAGCUGGUGGGUUUGAGCGACGUGAUGGACGCCCUGCGGCUGGGGCCCAACGGCGGCCUCCUGUACUGCAUGGAGUACCUGGAGGCCAAUCUGGACUGGCUGCGCGCCAAGCUUGACCCCCUCCGCGGCCAUUACUUCCUCUUCGACUGCCCAGGCCAAGUGGAGCUCUGCACGCACCAUGGCUCCUUGCGCAGCAUCUUCUCCCAGAUGGCCCAGUGGGACCUCAGGCUGACUGCUGUCCACCUGGUAGAUUCUCACUACUGCACAGACCCCGCCAAGUUCAUUUCAGUACUGUGUACCUCCCUGGCCACCAUGCUGCACGUAGAGCUGCCCCACGUCAACCUCCUCUCCAAGAUGGACCUCAUUGAGCACUAUGGGAAGCUGGCCUUCAACCUGGACUACUACACAGAGGUCCUGGACCUCUCCUACUUGCUUGACCACCUGGCUUCUGACCCUUUCUUCCGCCACUAUCGUCAGCUCAAUGAGAAAUUGGUGCAGCUUAUUGAAGACUACAGCCUGGUCUCCUUCAUUCCUCUCAACAUCCAGGACAAGGAGAGUGUCCAGCGAGUCCUGCAGGCUGUGGAUAAAGCCAAUGGCUACUGCUUCGGGGUCCAAGAGCAGCGAAGCCUGGAGGCCAUGAUGUCUGCUGCAAUGGGAGCUGACUUCCAUUUCUCCUCCACCCUGGGAAUCCAGGAAAAGUACCUGGCACCCUCAGACCAGUCAGUGGAACAAGAAGCCAUGGAUCUGUAACAACAGGCUGGGCUCUGGAGAACAAGACAUAACCCAGCACUGGAGAAAGCUGCAGCCCCAGCUCAGCAGGCUGCAGACCCAAGAACAGUCCUCCCAGCCAGAGCUGGAAGGCUGAUGAAGAGACACCCAGCCCUGCAAAGGACUUCUGGCGAAAAGUCAGACGUGGUGCAAGCAGAGCACCCACCACACCCUCGGUGCUCAUGAGCUCUGGGCACUGCCACCAGGAAUUCAGCACUGGCCCCACUCGAACUAUUGUGGAAUGUGAAUACAAGAGUUUAUUUUCUCCUA